CACUGAAUUUUUUUUCCACCAAACCCAACCUCUGCCGGCAGUCGAAAGCUUCAAUGGGCUAUAAACCUAAUCACUUUGACACAUUACGGUCGUUUUACACGAAGGUGCGAAGUGCGCGCGCCUCUGCCGAGGGCUUCCCCUCCCCCCGCUGCGAGCUUUCCGGGCUAACCGUCAAAACCACUGACCCGACUCGAUUCUAACGGUCCGGGGUCACGGCGGCGUUCAAACUUGUUUUGUUUCGUCUGAGCGUAUUUUUUCCUAAGUGUGCUGCUAUUACUUACCUCCGUAUGGAGGAACGGGCGCAGCGGGCAGCAAAAGACCUCUGGGGCUUCCCAUGUCUUCGAGACGAGCAGGUCAAGGCGAUUUUAGCCGCAGUGUCUGGGAAAGACACGUUCGUCGGUCUUGCAACCGGCAAAGGAAAGACCCUCUGUUACCAAAUUCUACCAAACAUCCUGCUAGAACCCAAGGUCGUCGUGGUGAUCUCUCCACUUAAAGCUUUGGUUGCCGAUCAGGUAAGGCAAUAUAUUUAUCUAAUUUUUGACUUGCGUAUUUUUUAGACAAUGGAGACGUGACGACGGCAGUGGUGCCCCCCUCCCCAUGUUUAAAAUACCGGUACAUUCAGAGUGACUUACCGUCUCCGCUUCAUCGAGCUCCGAUGCUUUAAAAUAAGACUAAAUAAGAACAUACGUACUCAACUUAAAAUGCAGUCUCAACCAUUUUUCUGCAUCCCCUUUGUAUUCUCUUGCGCAAAUGGGAUGCACGUAUUCUGUAUGUUGUUCUUAGACACCAUAAUAAAGUACAACAAAAAGUUAAUGCUUGAUAAGCUAUAUAUAAGUGUUUUUGUGUUGGACCAAAAGUUUUAACUCUAAACAUGUAACUGCCAACACAGUACAGAUGAACUUUCAUGAUACUAUACAUAUAAGUGCUUGACACUACCUCAAUGUAUUUGCACAUUAUAUACCAUUGAAAGUAUGGUACACAAUACAGAUAUACUUGAACUUAUUUCAGAUACACAGAUAUGAGGGUUCAUCUGGAUAUAGGGCAGUGCAUCUGCAGACGGCGGGAGACAUCCAGAGUUUUCAUGGCACCAGAGCAGGCUGUUUCAACAGAAGGACGACAGCUUAUGCAGAAGCCCCCUCUCCCCAUAGCACUGGUAGCAGUGGAUGAGGCACAUUGUAUACACGAAUGGGGGGACGACUUCCGGAGAACUUUCAAGGAGCUUGGGAGCCUCCGCGCUGUCCUGUCACUUGACAUUCCCUUCAUGGCUCUGACUGCCACUGCAACCACUGCUGUGUUGAAGACGGUGAAGACCACACUACACAUGGACGAGCCGGUGAUUGUGAAAGGCUGCCUGGACAGGCCAAACAUCCAUCUUCAGCUGAAAAGUAUCAAGAGAACAAAGGAAGACCUCCAGCCUCUAGUGCAACACAUAGUCUCGGCUGAGAGUGUGGAAGACAUCAAGAAACACCUGGUCUACGCCAAGACAAAAAAGAUGUGCAUGGAUCUGUGGGAGGUCAUCCGGGGCCAAUGCAGUGGAUCAAAAAAGAAGGCAGUUAGGGCUUUCCAUGCAGACAUUUCAACUAAGGCAAAAACCGAGAUACUGGAGGGAUUCAGGAGUGGGGCCAUAAGGAUUGUUGUGUCAACAAUUGCCUUUGGCAUGGGUAUCGACAUUCCUGAUGUUCAUGGCGUGGUCGUAUAUCACGUGCCCACCACCAUUGGGCAGCUCUAUCAGGAAAUUGGGAGAGCCGGACGAGAUGGGGAGCAAGCCACUGCCACCAUUUUUCAUGGUAAAGCUGACCUCAGCAAAGCUGAAGAAGACGUGAAAGCAUUCGUACAGACAACAGGGUGCCUCCGGGAAGAGCUGCUUAAACAUCUUGGCCAAGAUCUCGAAGAGCCCCCAGAAAAUUGUUGCACGACGGAGGAGGACCCCAACAACAAUGGCCUCUUCAUCUUCCUGCAACAAGCCAACCCUGAACAUGCUGACCAGACGAGACCAAGAGCCCCCAAUCGUAAACAGCGCCAGGACACAAAAAGGGGUGAUGAACUUAAAGCCAAGCUGAGGGAGAUGCGGGACUCCUGGUUUGAGGAAAGGCCGGAACUCCAGCUUUUUGGCCCUGUGGCUGUCCUGGCAGAUGAAGUCAUAAACACACUUGUUUCCAAGUGUAGGGGUAUACAUAACAUUAAUGACUUGAAAAAGAUCAAGGGGGUACAAGCCAAAUAUGCCGCUGAAAUUAUUGGAGCGUUUGACCAGUUUUUCCCUGAGUGCCCACCACGCAGAGUGGCAGUGGCCAGGAGGCAAAGGGGGGCAGCUAGCGCCAGGAGAGCCCUGCAGGACAUCACAAAUGUAGAGUAAUUACUAGUAACAUACCUUACUCAUCCAUUAGCGUCUGUAGAUCAACCUCUAGGUCAGGAUCCCUGUCGUAGAUGUCCUCCUCAUCUUCUGUUUCAUCUUUGCUGA